AGGACAAACAAAUGGGCCACACGGAGUCUAAGGCAUUCGUUUAGCAGCUAAGCCGGAAUUAUAAUCAUUUUUAAAAUUACGCUGCAGAAAAAAUUCCCUUUUUUUUUCUUUUUUUACACUGCUUCGAAACAUUCCGCGCUUCUUUUCCGCAGUAACAAUUUUCCCCCCCUUUGAGUGAUGCCAUUGCGAUGACCAUUUUGUGCGACUCCCCCGCCGAAGCAUAGAAGACCCCUUCUCACGGGCAUCACUUGGAACUUACUUGCCGCACGAAAAUAGGAAGGUGCGGACAUUCCCGUUGCUUUUAUUUAAACGCUCCUUACGUGUGCCGACGGAGUUACACCUCCCUCGCAAAAGGGAAAGAAUCGCAGAUAGGCCUCAUAGCGCACGCGUCAACCGAGUUUAACCCAUUAGAAUACUCUCGCAUGGGUUCACCUGUGCGCCGAUAAAAAUAUUCUUCGCGUAAGACAUAAUCCGUGUCGCGCUUGAAGUGCUUCUGCGUGGGGACGCACACGGUUCGAAGCAGCCCCGGAGGAGGUGCAAUCGUGAAGGGAGAAAACAGAAGGGGGGGUUUCCCACAAGUAUAUCACAACUCACAGUGUUAAAGGUCCCCCCCACCCACACGCUGCUAACAACCCCGUUGACAAUCGGAUCACCGCAGAAUGGCGGAGAAGGAAGCGAAAAAGGAAGCCAUCGAAAUAAUUUACGAAAUUUCGAACAUCCUAAACGUAAACCUAGACAAAGAAACGAUCGUCAUUUUGAUUCAGCUGUGUGAGUAUGGCGUGAGUCCCAAGGUGCUUUCGCACAUCAUUAUUCAGUUGAAGAAGGAAAAGCAAAAGUUCCUCCAAAAUUUGAGCAACAACAUGGGAAACCUCAAGCAGGGCAACACGUAGCCACGUCCCCCUGGGGUGUUAGCAGUUGCCAUUUGUACCCCCCUCUGUGUAGGGACACAAUCCCCAUAUGUGAAAAAGAUGUGAAGGAAAAGCGGGGGUGAUACUGCCAACCUGUGUAGCCUCGAUUUUUCUUCUAAAGCGUUAACUUGAGCAAAGUUGCUGCGGCGUAGUAGAAUGACGCUCAUUUAUUCCCACCACUUCGCCGCGUCACCAUUAUAAAUUUUUUUUGUAUAAUAAUUUGGCCAUUUUUGUUACGAACUUUUUUGCCAUUCUUUUUUUUUCCUACGCCAAUGUGAAUACUAACGUUGCUUACAAGGGAGAAAUGACCCCCCGUGGGAAAACUUUACCACCGGGAAAUGGAAACUCGCGGAGAAUUUCGCCAAAUGGGGGGGAAAAGUUCCAACACUUCCAACAUUUUUGUGAAGCUACUUCGUAAAUGUGCGUUGCAAAUACACUUCGUUUCAUUCUGCUUUGGUAUGCUUUAUUUUUUCCCCCAUGCCUGUCGUCCUUU